CACAACAUUCCAAUCCCUCCCAAACCAUCCUCCCACACUCCCUCCUCUCCCCUGCCCUGACCGGGCUGUGUGUGUGGGACUGUGACACGUAACUGUGUCUGCUUUGAGGACGUGACCAGGCAGGACACCUCCACCUGGGCAAACAGAGCAGGGAGGGGAUUUAACUGCCCUGUGCCCCCCCCAUAAACUGUCCAGAUCUGAGCAUAAUUCAUCAUGGAGGCAAGAGACGCGACUGCAGGAGCUCUUGUAGGGAAUGAUGGAGAAGAACCUAAAGAACAAACUGCAAAAAAUGCUGCAGCUCCUAAAAAAGAUGAACCCCAGAGCAAAAGUGGGUUUGAGAAGAUCUUUGGGUUCAGGAAAGAAGACCUGACGUCCUGGGAAAGGCUGGUGACCCUCCUGAACCGUCCCACUGACCCAGCAUCCUUGGGCAUCUUCCGCUGCCUGUUUGGGUUGCUGAUGGCUAUUGAUGUCACGCAAGAGCGAGGCCUCAGUCACCUAGACUACAAGUACCUGGAUGGAGCCCCUGUGUGCCGGUUCCCCCUCUUCGAUUUCCUGCAGCCUUUGCCUCUGGAUUGGAUGUAUCUGGUUUAUGUGGUGAUGUUCUUCGGUGCUGUGGGCAUCAUGCUUGGCUGUUUCUAUCGUCUCUCCUGCCUCAUGUUCAUCUCCACGUAUUGGUACGUUUUCUUCUUGGACAAAACAACCUGGAACAAUCACUCAUACCUCUAUGGCCUCAUUGGAUUCCAGCUCCUACUCAUGGAUGGAAACAGAUACUGGUCAAUCGAUGGAUUGCGGAGGCCCUCAAUCAGAAAUGCUCAUGUGCCUCUGUGGAAUUACACCUUGUUGAGACUGCAGAUAUUUAUUGUAUACUUCAUCGCUGGAAUCAAGAAGCUGGAUGCUGAUUGGGUGGAGGGAUACUCAAUGUCAUACUUGGCACACCAUUGGCUGUUUGAUCCCUUUAAAAUGAUCCUUCCUGUGGAGAUAAUAAAUCUUCUGGUGGUGCAUGCAGGAGGUCUUGUCCUUGAUCUGACUGCAGGAUACCUGCUGUUUUUUGACGUCACACGGCCGUAUGGCUUUUUCUUUGUCUCCUACUUCCACUGCAUGAACUCUCAGCUCUUCAGCAUCGGGAUGUUUUCAUACACGAUGCUGGCCACAAGUCCCCUCUUCUGCUACACCGACUGGCCGAGGAGAUUCUUUGCCCGCUUCCCAGAGUUCCUCAGGGCAGUCCUGCCACUCACCCCACCAGACGUUCAGCCAAGUACUUCCUGUGUUUACAACGAGGUCCGGAGCCCGAACACCGAACGCCAGGAGACCCCACCUGUUGCCAAGCCUCAACUGAGACUGAAGCACAAGCUGGGAGCUAUUUUUACUAUUGUUUACAUAAUGGAACAAUUUUUCAUGCCCUACUCCCACUUUAUUACACAGGGUUACAACAACUGGACCAAUGGCUUGUAUGGAUACUCGUGGGACAUGAUGGUUCACUCCCGCUCUCAUCAGCAUGUGAAGAUCACCUACAAAGAUGGAAAAACAGGAGAAAUCGGAUAUCUGAACCCAGGGGUGUUCACACAGAGCCGUCGCUGGAAAGACCAUGGAGACAUGCUUAAGCAGUACGCCACGUGCCUCCAUCACUUCCUGCCUCGCUAUAAUAUCACUGAUCCUGAAAUCUACUUCGACAUCUGGGUGUCAAUUAAUGAGCGUUUCCAGCAAAGGUAUGAAAGAGAAAAAUGUGCUGAUAUUGACCCCCGUGUGGAUGUUGUGAAGGCUGAUUGGUCUCCUUUCCAACCAAACUCAUGGCUCAUGCCUCUGCUGGUAGACCUCUCACCCUGGAGGACUAAGUUCCAGGAGAUUGAGGGCAGUUUGGACAAUCAGACAGAGAUCGUCUUCAUCGCUGAUUUCCCAGGCCUCCAUUUAGAGAACUUUGUGAGUGAAGAUCUGGACACCAGCGUUCAAGUACUGCAGGGCACAGUGAAAGUUGAGGUGGUGGAGGAGAAGAAGAACUACACUCUGAAGCCUGGUGAAAAGAUAAAGGUGCCGGCAGGAGCUUACCAUAAGGUGUACACAGUGUCUGAAGAGGCUUCUUGCUACAUGUACAUCUACGUCAACACAACAGAAGCGGCGCUGCAGGAGAACUUCACUAAACUGUUUGAGAUCCAGGAGCGGGUUCGUAAUGGAACAGAAACCGAGCCCCUUCCUCCUGAGCUGCAGCCUCUCAUGGCUGCAGACAGUGAUGAAGGAGCUGAGGUCAACGCCACCGACCCGAUUGUGCAGCUGUUUCUGAAGAGGCAGCGCCGAAUAAAGGAGGUGAAGAAGCGUAGGGAGGCAGGUGUUCUGGAGCGACUGGAGCGCUUUGCAGUGAAAAAAUACUACACAAUACGGAGAGGAUUCCUGAUGACAGCCAUUGCUAUGAGAAACCUGGCGGUGGGUCUCCCUCCUCUCGAACAGCUGACGAGAGAAGUUGAGUUUGCCAACAUGAAAGCGCCGCAGGCAGAUGGCAGCCAGGAUGAUCGGCUGAAAGAUGAAGUGGGUCAUGGGGAACUUUAAAGAGGCCGCUGGGACCAAACAUACUUUUCUAAAUGGCCUGCAGGUGCUGAAUCAAACACCCAUGUGUGUGUUUCCACUGGACUAUUACUGGGACGACCCAGUGAAGAAAUCAAAGGAUUUUUAAUUUACUAUGCUUCAGAAGCAUUUCCGAUUAUUUCCAAAUGUAAAGUCUGUAUUUUUUUUUUUAAGCUUUUGGUCAUGAAUCUGAAAUUAUGCAGAGGAUAUCCUUCUGUUAAUGCUGCAGCACAUGAACACUGUAUGUUCACAGAAGUGCACUGCUUUGCUUUGCUGAGCAAGAUGACAUUUCCUGUUUAAUCUAGUCUGGGAUUUUUUUUAAAGUGCAAUUUCUUGUUUGUUGAUAUGACCAAAAUCAAAUAUCUUGACACUGACAGUUACUGAAAAAAGCUGUAUGAUAAACUAGCUUUGCAUUUGAAUGUGCAGGAAGAUUUUGAAAAUACUGAAGCAAGAUUUGGGAAUGCAUUUUUGCCUUGGAUGAAAAUAUGCAACAAACAAGCAUGUUACUGAACUGACAGAUUUAAGGGGUAGAUUUAUGAUAAUUGUAGCAACAUGAACUUGACCAGGAUGGACCAUAAACCCCUGCUGCUUAAUUCCCCUGCUCUACUUCCACAUUUAUAAUUACACAGAAGGAUAUGCAGACCUCUGUUGUCGCAGGAAUCAUGCUCCUGAUGUUUUAUGCUAACCCUUUAAUGUGAGAAAAGCCUGACAAAAAAACAUUAACCUGUAAAUUGUCUCCUUAAAUUUUUAGUCAUUUUUAUAAUAAAGAUAUCAUGUUUGAAUACAUUCAAUGUUUUUUAAUUAAAAAUAAACUUCAACUCUCA